CUCGGAUUCAGUUUCUGGCUCUUCUUUUAUAUUCCAGUCUCCACUUCAACUUCAGUUCUACCCCUUUCUCUCUCCCAAUAUCAUCCUUCUUCUGGGUGAAUUGUAUAAACAAAUGACACCACAAAAUCAAGAGGAAGUAAAGAUGUUGUUGGGAAAGAGACCUCGUCCUUCAAUGAAGCGAACAACAAGCCUCAGUGAGAUCACCUUUGAUAUAGGUGAACCAGCACCUGUUGCAGAUAAUCACCAGAACAACCCCUUCAAUAUUACAACACGCCAGAAGCAGGUAGUUUACGGGGGCGGCGGCGGCGGCGGCGGUGGGUAUGAUAGUUUAGAUCAACGGCUCUUGUCCAUGGUCUGGCCGAGAUAUAAUCAUAGGAGACGGUCAUCUGAUUUUUCUGACUCUGAUCACUUCUUGAGAGCUUGUUGUCUCUGUAAACGUCGAUUGGUGCCCGGCCGUGACAUAUACAUGUAUAGGGGAGAUAGCGCUUUUUGUAGCCUUGAAUGCAGGCAAUAUCAAAUGAAUCAAGAUGAGAGGAACGAGAAGUGCUCGUUUGCUUCAGCAAAGAAACAAGCUGCAUCUCCCAACGGCGGCGCCAAGAGUGGGACUGUGGCGGCUGUGUAGAUCAAAAGAUAAUCCUCCCAGAAAAAAAAAAAAACAGAAGAAGAAGAAGAUUUUUAGCUUCUUAUGUAUCUAUAUCUAGGAGACUAGGGCCAUCGAUACGUGGGGCUGCUAUAUAUUCUCAAAAAAGACUUAAUCUGUAUGCAAAUGGGCUAGUUUUUGAAGUUCUUAUUAAUUUUAUGUGAAUCUAAGAAGUGCCUACAAGUAUAAAUCAGUCUAUACUUGUUCUUGUCUCCUAUGUUUUGAUCUGUUUCUAGCUUGUUUCAGACGAACUAAAAUUACAGAUUCACAAGUUUUCUCUCCUCUCAA